GAAAAUAAAAAAAAAAACAUGGCGCUUGACAUCAGCAACAGUCAGUUCAUGGAGAGUUUUAUAACCUUUAAAUAACAACAUAAAUUUUUAUUGAACACAACAACAACAACAACAACAACCGGCAAAAAUAAACAAAAUAUAUUUUAUUAAUAAACUUGUUAACUAUUAUUGUGUGUGUUCUAUUGACAAUAGAAAUAAAAAAUGUAUUCAUUAGUUCAUAAAACAGAAAAAGCUCACGAAGAUAGUAUAUGGACAUGUGCCUGGGGAAAGCCAAAAAAAACAAAUACUCCAAACGAUCCUGAUAAUAAUAAUGAAAACUCCAGAGAUUCAGUGAGAUCAAGUGAUGAUGAACCACCAGAGUAUAUUGUAACUGGUUCAGUUGAUGAUACAGUCAAAGUUUGGGAACAAAAAGAUGGAAGUUUAAAAUUAAAACACAAAUUAACUGGUCAUGGUCUUGGUGUUGUAUCAGUUGCUGUAAGUGCUGAUGGCACAAAAUGUGCAUCGAGUUCGUUAGAUUCUAGUUUAAAACUUUGGGAUCUUGAAUCUGGUGAUAAAUUAUCAAGUAUUGAAGUUGGUCCAGUUGAUAUUUGGUCUGUUGUAUUUUCACCAGAUGAUAAAUUUAUAAUAUCAGGUAGUCAUGCUGGUAAAAUUCACAUGUAUGGUACUGAAAGUGGUAAACAAGAACAAACAUUGGAUACACGAGGUGGUAAAUUCACCAUAAGUGUUGCUUACAGUCCAGAUGGAAAAUACAUUGCCAGUGGUGCCAUUGACGGUAUUAUCAAUAUUUUUGAUGUAACAUAUGGAAAAGUUUUACGAACAUUAGAAGGACAUGCCAUGCCUAUACGUUCUUUGUCUUUUUCUCCGGACUCACAGCUCCUUUUGACUGCAUCUGAUGAUGGACAUAUGAAAAUUUAUGACGUGAAAGAUGCAAAUGUUGCUGGUACUUUGUCUGGACAUGCCUCUUGGGUGUUGGGUGUUGCAUUUGCUCCAGAUGGACAAAAAUUUGCAUCAUGCAGUGCUGAUUGUACUGUUAAAAUAUGGCAAUUAGGUGGAAGACAGUGUCUUCAUACUUUUAAAGAACACAAUGAUCAAGUGUGGUCAGUAAAAUAUCAUCCAGAAAAAAAUAAUUUCCUUACCUCAGUUUCAGAAGAUAAAUCUAUAAAUCUUUAUGAAUAUCCUCAAUAAAUUGACACAAAUAAAAAAACAAAUUUUCAAUAUUAAAAGUUUA